GCCCCGGAUACGAUAGUUAAAAAGAAACAAGAUCCCCAUAUCAUACCCCUCCUCUCUUCGGCAACGGGAUCACGAUUUGUUACGAUCAGUCGGCCCUUAAACAUGGAAUCACCUACACCGUUCGAAUCCUUCUCUUUUCGGGGCAACCGUAUCAUUGCCUACCUACAGACGCUAGCAAGAGCCAAGAAAGGUUUACCGCAUGGUGUACCUGUCUGCGUCUCUCCUUCACAUACCAUCACCAACACCGAGUCUCUGCUGACUCUGGCUUCCUUGGUCGGACCUCAUGUUGCGAUCUUCCAAGUACAUGCAGACAUCAUCGACGACUGGUCCGACGAGACGGUCCGCCAAUUGACCUUGCUGGCGAAGAGACACGCCUUCUUGAUCUGGGAAAGCGGCCGAAUCCUCAAUGCUACCGUCGACGUGGUUGGGAAAUCAACAACCGAGACAAGAGAAGUGAGAAAUGAGUUGGUGGAUUUGAUACGGAAAAAAUACACUAAAGGUGUGGUCAAAGCAGCCUCGUGGGCUGGCAUUGCGACGGCCUGGGCAUCUGGUGUCGCUGUCGGGAACCAAGAAGCCGAUAUCUUGAUCCCAACAUUGAAAGCUGCCGCUCGAGAAGCGGUCGCUGACAGUGUGCAAACCAUCCGGACAGAGAUCACGGCUGUUAAUGCUCCGACUGAGUCCUUGGCGGAUGGACAUGAUGAUUCUGAAUUAAAGGAACAAACCAAUGCUGACCAAUAUCUGACGCUUGACUACGCUGUGGAUGAGAGUGGGCUUGGCCUCGCUCUUCGGAAAUCCUCGACCAUCUCUCUCACUCAAACUAUUACUCAACAUACGGAAGAUUCUACGGAAUCGCUUCUGGACUCGACACCUCAUCUCAUUACGCAGGAUGGCAUUCCGGAAACAAAUCUCCAAAAUUUGCCCAACGGUGAUGGUCUGCCGCCUCCGCCUCUCCUUGCACGUGGUCUUGUGCUCUGUCUCCCAUCAAUGACCGACACCUCAUUCACGCCUGAAUACAGACGGAGCUGUCUAGCUGCUGCUCGCGCCAACCAAGAUUUCGUUCUGGGGUUCCUGUGCACUGAGCCGUGGCACCUCAUGUCCCAGAGGAAUGACAUCUUCGACAUCGACUCUUCCCAAGUGAACGGAUAUGAGAUAGGCACUUCAGGUGAAACGUCAGCUCAUCUUGCUAUUUUCUCCAUGAUCGCUCACAAGAACGGCGUGCUCAAUGGCCGAGAAGAAAACGAUGAUGAGAGCGACGAGGAAAUGAGUCCCACAACUCCCUUGGCUCCGGAGUUACCGUCGAGGAUCAUGAGCCCAAUCGCAACAAAGCUGCAUGCUAUUGUCGGGCAGGCGGUCAAAUUACGUGAUGCAACGGUCAAGCAUGCAGUAGAUUGCCGUGUGAGCUCGGGGUCAUUGGACGCACCCAAGCUCCUGCAUAUUCCCGUGGUAUCAUUACCUUGAUACUAACACAAGUAUUAUGUUCUUUUUUUUGUCUCGAUCAGGUAGAGCUUCGGCUCAAGAUUCGGAAUGCAUCGUGAUACUCAUGUUUCCAGACCGUUAACGACCAGAAUUUACAGUUUGCAGCAGGUGCGGCGUUUGAGGAUUUCAGGGACAGCUUGUGUAAUCGUACGAGCGAGAAUUUGUCAAUACCUGAGUAUCGUUUGUUUACUUUUGGUGUUUCAGGCCCUUUUACCGAACAGCUUGGUCUUUCCUGCCCUUAUUACCCGAUUGUAUCCUAGAACAUGGUGUAUACGCAGUUGAGCGCGACGCAUCACGUGACUCAUUGCCUAAUGAGGCGAAUUAUCGACAGUGAUUUCCACCUCAACUUUCCG